AUGAAAAUUGGUAUAUUGACGGGCGGCGGUGACGUCCCCGGUCUAAACCCCUGUAUCAAGGCCGUUGUGCAUCGAUGCAUUGACGACGGACACGAAAUUGUAGGCCUACGUCGUGGCUGGGCUGGCUUGCUCAACAUCAACCGCGAUGAUCCCGACACGGUGGACCAAUAUACGAUUCCGCUGGAUAAAGCUCGCGUCCGUACCGUGGAUCGCACCGGCGGUACCUUCCUUCACACAAGCCGCACCAAUCCAGGCAAGGUACGCCCCAAUGACGUUCCCGAGUUCCUCAAGGAUCCCAACCAUCCCGAGGCAGAAGCCGCUGAUCAGAGCCUGCGCGACUUCACUCCCCACGUUCUGAAGAACCUAGAGUUCCUUGGCAUUGAUCGCCUAAUUCCGAUUGGCGGUGACGAUACGCUAAGCUACGGUGAGCGCAUUCACAGUGAUGGGUUCCCCGUGGUGGCGAUUCCGAAGACCAUGGAUAACGACGUCUACGGCACGGAUUACUGUAUCGGCUUUAGCACGGCGGUCACGCGUAGCGUCCAGUUUAUCCACAACUUGCGGACGAGCGCAGGCUCCCAUGAGCGCAUCUGCGUGGUUGAGCUUUUCGGUCGCAACAGCGGCGAGACGAGCCUAAUCUCGUCCUACCUUGCGGGCGUGGAUCGAGCCAUCAUCUCAGAGGUGCCGUUCGAUCCGGAGAAGCUGGCUAGGCUGGUGGUGGAUGAUAAGGCACGCAACCCGAGCAACUACGCCAUGGUAACGAUUUCAGAAGGCGCGCACAUGGUUGAUGGAAAGGUGGUUGAAUUCGGUGAGGCAGAUGCAUACGGCCAUCGCAAGCUGGGCGGGAUCGGUCAGAUCACCGAGGAAGCGCUCCGCGACAUUACCGGCCAGAACACCAUCUACCAAAAGGUAGCCUACCUCAUGCGUUCGGGCGCGCCAGAUGCCUUGGAUCUAAUGGUAGCGGUUAACUUUGCCAAUGCCGCAAUGGAUCUAGUCCACGAUGGCGAGAGUGGGCGCAUGGUUGCUCUGCGCAACGGUCAGUACACCCACAUCCCAUGA